AUGGGCUGCCGGAAGUCAAAGCGAAAGCCUCCACCCAAGAAAAAGAUGACUGGCACGCCUGAGACCCAGUUUACUUGCCCCUUCUGUAACCAUGAGAAAUCCUGUGAUGUUAAAAUGGACAGGGCUCGGAAUACAGGUGUGAUAUCUUGUACUGUGUGCCUGGAAGUAUUUCAGACCCCUACAACAUAUCUUUCGGAACCUGUGGAUGUUUCCAGUGAUUGGAUAGAUGCUUGUGAGGCAGCCAAUCAGUAGCAGGGACUGGAGAAGAAUGU